CACGGACAGAGAAGCAGUGAGGGUGCAAUGCCAGUGAUAUUGAACAACCGUUUUCUCCUUCUGUACGGAUCUCAGACUGGCCAGGCUAAAGCCAUUGCGGAGGAUAUAGCAGAGAAAGCAGAGGCUAAGGGUCUCCAUGCAGACAUACAUUGCCUCAGCCAGACUGAAAAGAAGUUCAAAAUAGAGCGCGAGUCCUGCGUGGUGUUGGUGAUAUCUACGACAGGCGACGGUGAACCCCCAGACACUGCCCUCAAGUUUGUACGACACCUGAAGAAGAAAACGCUCAAGAGUGACUACCUAUCUACACUGAACUACACUCUUCUAGGCCUAGGUGACUCCAACUACACAAACUUCUGCAACUGCGGCAAGACUUUGAACCAGAGGCUCCUGGAACUGAGCGCCAAACCAUUCUACCCGCCCGGAUGGGCAGAUGACGCAGUGGGAUUAGAAGUUGUUGCUGAACCUUGGAUAGAAAACUUGAUUCCAGCAAUCACACAUUUUCUAAAACUGCCUCUAGAUAAUAAUCAAUCUGCUAGGUCAAGUACUGAAAUUGUUCCACAUAUUAUCAGUGAGAUCAGGGUUACCAGUGAAUCUAGUUCAAAUAGUGAUACACUUAUUCAAGAUGACAACAUAAUUUCUGUAAAGAUCAUUAAUUGCAAGAACGUGUCAAAUGCAAAUAACGAAAGUUCUGUUGCAAAUGAUAGUACCAAAGUAGAUUCAGAUAGUAUUGUUUACAAUGGCUUUCCAAAAGAAAGAGCAACAAAUGGGUCACACAUAGAUCUCACUUCUGGUAGUAAGAUCACAGAAAAUACAUCAAUAAGAGACUGUGUGAUAGUUAAUGGACAUAGUUUCAGUGAAAGACUGAAUGGAAAUAUAAGUGAGAUCUCAUCAGACAAAGUUUCAACUGCAAUCAUGAGUGAUAGUGUUACAGCAAACUCUUUAAAGGGGGAUAAUGCUGUGAACUCUUCAGUUGGAUGUAAGAAAGAACGUGAUACAGGAAGUUUAAUGAAUUCUGUACCUCCACUGUCAGAGAGUAGCCUUACAGUUCCAAUUCUCUCCCCUGAAUAUCUGAAAGUCGAUUUCUUGGACACAGAAACUGUUAAUGUCGAUGAACUGCCACUUCAAAAUGGCUGCAGUUUCCCGUCUGCCGCAUCUCCGGUUGUCAUGGCAACUGUCCAGUCCAUAUGCACCCUUACAGCACCCUCUUCAGUGAAGAAAGCACUGGCUGUAACGAUUAGCAUAGCGGGCACUGGGAUCACCUACCAAGCAGGGGAUGCAAUAUCUGUGGUGUGCCCAAACCCACCUGAGGAGGUGGAGGCACUGCUGAAGAGGCUUGGACUACAGGACAAGGCAGACACCCCUAUGCAGAUAUCUGUGAUUGAAGGAACAAAGAAGAAGUCUGCUGCUGUGCCAAAGCAUGUGCCCCCAAAAUGCACUCUACAUCACUUGUUCACCACAUGCUUAGACUUCAGGGAACCCCCAAAGAAGGCCCUGCUGCGUGCGCUGAUGGAGUACACCUCUGACGCGUCACACCAGCGCCGCCUACAGGAGUUGUGCAGCAAGCAGGGGGCUGUGGAUUACACCUGCUUCAUCAGGGAGCCCAGCGUAGGGGUACUGGACCUGCUAGACUGCUUUACUUCCUGUAUGCCACCGGUGACCUGUCUUAUAGAACAUCUUUCCAGACUCCAGCCCCGUCCAUAUUCUGUUUGCACUUCAUCUCGAAGGUAUCCAGAUUCUCUACAGUUUGUGUUCAAUGUUGUGGAGAUACCUGCGGGGAGCGGUCGCAGCUAUCACAGGAAGGGGCUCUGCACAGGCUGGCUAGAGGGUCUCCGGUCAGGAGUCAGUGCAAUGUCUAAGGCAGAGGAUGGCGGUGAUAAUCGGUCAGAAGACAGUAAAUUUUCUAUGACUGGGGAUGGAGACAAAACUGGGUCAGAGGCAAUGAACACUGGUUUUGGUGACUCCGAACAGCUAUCUUUGCAGAUGCAGAACUUGUCCCUUAAUAAUGUAAAGAUCCCCAUCUUUGCACGGACAAAUCAAAACUUCCAUCAGCCUGAUGACCUCACCAUUCCCUUGAUUCUGAUUGGUCCAGGGACUGGAGUGGCUCCAUUGAUUGGCUUCCUGCAGGAGAGGGCGGAGCUAAAGAGAAAAAAUCCAGAGGUCCAUCAUGGGGAAGUCUGGCUGUUCUAUGGUUGCAGGCACAGGGAUAGAGACUAUCUUUUCAGGGAUACGCUAGAGGCCUUUGUGACAUCAUCGGUUGUCACCAGAUUGUGUGUUAGCUUCUCACGUGACGAUCAGCCUGCUGAUGCCCCUCGCUACGUGCAGGACAACAUGCGUCGUCACGGGGGCGACCUUGUGACCUUGAUACAAGACAAGGGUGCCUGUGUGUACGUGUGUGGCGAUGCCAGGAACAUGGCCAAGGAUGUCAAUGAAACUUUUGUGGAUAUAUUUGCCGAACAUAAAGGCUUGACCAAAGAUGAUAUCAGUGGACUGUUCAUGAAACUGCGUUUAGAGAAGCGCUACAGAGAAGAUGUGUGGACGUAAAUAUGGAAGUGCGGAAUGGCAAUCUGUUUACAGUGAUAAUGGGGGAGUAUAUGGGAAAUACAAGGCUAAAUGCACAUUCGGCUAUUAGUUUAUAGACAUUUAUAAGAUCAUGAUAUGAUUACAAGUGAGGUGCUCACAUGUGUACAUAUGUUUGUAUUUUUGUAUGUUGUCGACUGGUCAUAUAUGUUUACGCAUUCAUUGCAUUAGCCUUUAUUGUUCUUUUUGGGUUCAUUAAUAUAGUUUUUAGCUGUGCAAUUGGUAUUGAAUCAUGGUUUGUGAUCAGUUCAUGAGAUUUAAAAUGAUCAAUGAAUGCACAUGGAGUUGUAAAUAAAACUUAUCGCUAUAUGAGAUUAUUAUUAUUAAUAAAUGAAAUAUUUUGAGUUGAUGAGUUAUUUAUUAUGUUAUUAUUUGCCUGAUGUUAUUUAUUUUCUCAUAUGGGCAUUCAUUUAUUGACAAGUCUUAGACUAAGUUAAUACCAAGUAAGUUAUGGAUUUUUAACAAAAUUUGUGUGCUUGCAAGAGAUGAUUAGGGGUUAUAUGAUUAGUUAAGUGAUCUUUAGAGAAGAAGGUUUCAGAUUUCCUGGUUUUUCCCCCAGGGUCUUAAGAACAGUGGUAUUCAUAUGUCUUAAUUUCCUAAUAAUAAGGGAUACCCCUGUGCCUUAACAUUAAAAAUGUUUCCUCUUUUCCUGAAGUUUUAAUUUAGGAACACACCAGUACCAAAAUUUCCAAUUAUUAUCAGUGUGUGCUUGGUUUAGCUCUAGAGUAAUGAAGAUAUGAACAAAUGGCAUACACAAAUAAGGAAAAAAAUCAAUCGUAUUGCCAAAUGUGGAUCUGUGCCCCUGUGCCUUCACAAAGUCCUGGGGAGAAGUCUGAAUUUUAGCUUCUAUUCUAUGUUAAAUUUACGUUUUAUCCUCAUCAAUUGGAAACCAUUUUUAAUUUGUGCAUCUGGAUCUUAAUACAUGUAUAUUUACUAAGCAUAUGGUUGUGUUUUGCAAAAAACCUUUAUUUUGGGCAAAUUUAUUUUGUAUUCAAAUGUUGUCUAAGAAACUUGUUUUCAUAUAAUGGCAACAAAGGUAACAAUUUGUGAGGUGUUGUUGCUUUGUGAUGUGGAAAAAAACGUUUUUAUAAAUUGUGUAUUUUUUUGUCAUUAAUCCAGCUGGAUAGAAGAAGAAUGUUUUGUUUAUAUAUUUUUUUACCUGGUGCUAAGGAUAAAGCAAUGUGACUUGUGUAACAAAUAAUUUGUUUGAGACAUUUUGAUAUGUCGGUUCUUAAAUGCAAGUGAUGCAUGUAUGUCUGAUAGACAGUUUCAAUAGUUUGUACUAGUCAGGUACAAAUACUUGCCAUAACGUGUUUUACAUCAGACAAAAAAUGUGUUUUGUGUUUUAUGGAAAAACAAACUAUUGUGUCCUUUUUUGCCAGUGAUAUUGUGAGAUUUUAUUUGUUUAAAUGAUUUUAUUGUCAAGUUGGAUGUGAAAAGCUCAAAAUUGUGAUAACAAUGGUCGAGUGUAUGCGAUAUGACAGUGAAUAAUUGAGAAAACUUAUUAAAAAAAUUGAAUGUUGCAUGACAAAGUUACAGAGCAGACAAGCUUGAACAUUCUAAUGCAUGAAAAUGUUAAACUAGUUGAUAUGGAGUGUCAUGUGCAAUUACGAUCUCCCCACUGCAUAGGCCAAGGUCACACUUAAAGAUAAGAGGUUAAGUUGUGGCUAUAAAUCAGCUUGCCCAAACUAUAACUCUUAACAUCCAAAAUUCAAUUUUAAAAUCAUUAAAACUAUAUGUUAACAAUGUUGAAUUAGUGUAAUGUAUGACAAUCAUUGCCCUACAGCAUAAGUCAUAUUUAUUGUUAAAGUGGCCUUGUCACAGAUUUCGACAUGUAUUGAAGUUUGUUAUUAAAUGCUUUAUUUUGAUAAAUAUACACAUUGGAUCUAAAAAGCUCAAGCAAAAAAAAACAAGAAUAAAAGUUUAAGACGAAAAAAAGUAACCCUAACCUGGCUUAAACCACUAACCCGGAGUAAAAGUCUUCCACUAAGAAUACUCGGCCAUUGGUGCUCACUAUAUGAGAUGAAUUUUAUACUUUAUAUAAGCAUACCUCUUAGUAUCAAACAUUGAAACAAUAUAACGACAACAACAGAACUCUCCAAAUUAUUCAAUCGUUUUGCGUUGCAACGCUUUAUAAUUUUCAGGUUUUCAAAUCUUCAAAAGAUGCAUAUAAUGGAUAUUUUAGAGCACGGUUAAUGUUCAAUAUUACUGUUUCCUCGCAAAUAACAUAACUAGAACGAAAAUUUGCAAAUCUGAAACAACUUUUUUUAAUUUUGCCAAUUUACCAAAACGUGAAAAGGCCACUUUUAAGAUAAAUAUUAAAUUUGGCCAUGAAAAAUGCUUUCGAACAAAUGUUCACUAUGUAGAGAUGAUGUGCCAUUUAAUAGCAAAUAAAGGUCACCCAAAGUCGCUACUGCAAAGGUCAAGGGCACUCUUUAAGGGAAAAGGUUAACUUUGGCCUUGAAACAAAUUGUCCAGACUAUAACUCCAUCAUUCAAUUUCAAAACAAUUUAGCAUAAGUGUUCACCAUAUGGAUAUGACAUGUCAUGUGUACACGUUUACAAACUGUGACCUUACCUCAAUUGCUAAGGUUACACACACACAGCCUGUCUUUACUGUAACUUCAUCAUUUUUCAUCCAGUUUUGUGCACAAUUAAUAUUAACCUUUUGAUGUGUGAACUAUUCUAUAUCUAAAAGGUCAGGUCUUCAUUAGAGGUCAAAGGUCACACCCAAGUUUUGACUAGUAUUCUACUUUCAAAAAUGACAGUUUUCUGCACUGUAACUUAGUCAUUUAUCAUGAAAUUUAAAAUAAAUAAUUUCAAUGAUUCACUUCCAAUAUACUUCACAUGUUGUCAACGGGCAUCUCGCUAGCAUCGUUGUUUUAUGUCACAUGAUCAUGACAUGUUCUGUGUCACGUUUUAGAAUGGGUACUUUUAAUAAAACAUUGUGUUUUAUACAUAAAAAAUCAUGUUAAAAGAACUUUGAAUGUAAAUUAAUUUGAGUGAUUGUUUCAAUUGUAAAUUGUUUUCUAUUGGUAAGCAGUAUUUUGAUGAAUGAAUGUGUAAUCUCAGUACCAUGUUAUACCAGUUUGUUUUUUUUUAAC